AUUUGGCACGUUACCUCGGGAGGCCUUUUUUUGUACUUCUAUCCGCGAUAGACAAGCCUACCAAAUUCGAUGGCGCUAAGUGAAACAUAUAUUUAGAACACGCCUUCAAAAUAUGAGCCCGUUUUUGAGCGCUGUAUUUUUCAAGAGGGUUUCUGCUCUCACAACUCAACACUCGGCACGUCCUCCCUGGAAGGCCACCGUGGAAGCGGAAUUGCCAUUAAUGCCAGAAAACAAUCCCACUUCCCCUUCUGUUACCGGCAGAAUACUUCCCAACAAAAACUAGAGCACCAGGGAUGUAAGAAGAAAAGGGUGCCGAGGCAAACGGGAGGAGUGGGGGUGUUCGGGCUGGAGGAAGAGGAGGAGAGAAGCCAAAGAAGAGAGGGUGGGCCUUAGGGUUGCCACUGGGUGAGUGGGUGUGAUGCCCCCUCCCUGCGUUUUCUUCUUAAACCCCCUGUGAAGACUUUGGGCCCGGGACAACAAAAGCUCAAGAAGAAGAAGAAGAAGAAGAAGGAGAAGGAAAGUGGCCACCAUUAAGGAGGAUAAGCAAGAAGCUUCAUCAGGAACAAGCUUCUAAGACGACAACAGGUGUGCUCUUGGUGCCCGUGAGCAGCAAUGGGCGACUGGAGCCUCUUGGGGAACGUCCUGGAGGAGGUCCAGGAGCACUCCACCUCAGUGGGCAAGGUGUGGCUCACCGUGCUCUUCAUCUUCCGCAUCCUGGUGUUGGGAACGGCGGCCGAGUCGUCGUGGGGCGACGAGCAGAGCGACUUCCUGUGUGACACGCAGCAGCCCGGCUGCACCAACGUGUGCUACGACCGCGCUUUCCCCAUCGCGCACAUCCGCUAUUGGGUGCUGCAGAUUGUCUUCGUGUCCACGCCAUCCCUCAUCUACAUGGGCCACGCCGUGCACACAGUGCGAGGUGAGGAGAAGCGCAGGCGGCGGGAGCAGGAAGAGAAAGAAGCCAGAUCGGCCGAGGGGGAGACCAGAUCGGAGGAGGGCGAGGCCGAGAUGGAGGGCGAGAAGGAGUACCUGCAGCGGGCGGAGAGCGGGAGGGAGGUCGGGGCGGACGGGCGGAGUCGGCUGCGUCUCAGGGGUCCGCUCCUCCACACAUAUAUCCUCAGCAUCCUUAUACGCACUGCCAUGGAGGUUAUCUUCAUUGCAGUGCAGUACAUGAUCUACGGGGUGUUCCUCAAGGCGCUGUACCUGUGCACGGCAUCGCCCUGCCCGAACCCGGUCAACUGCUACAUGUCGCGGCCCACCGAGAAGAACAUCUUCAUCGUCUUCAUGCUGGUGGUGGCCGCGGUGUCCCUGGCACUGUCUGUGCUUGAGCUCUACUACCUGGGCUGGAAGAGCCUGAGGGCGUGUAUGCAGCGGAAAGCCGCGCGGCGCACAUUGCCUGUCGUGACAGCGACAGCGCUGGAGCCCGACGGCCCGAUGGCCCCGCGUACUCCGCCUCCAGACUUCAGCCACUGCGUCAACCCCCUGACCUCCAUGGCGCCCGUUCCCUUCAGCAACAGGAUGGCGCUACAGCAGAACUCGGCCAACAUGGCGGCCGAGCGCCACAGCAGGGGCAACCUGGAGGACAAUGAGGACUUUCUGCAAAGGUACCAGGGGGCGCCAUCGCCCCAGGGUCUGUCCAAUAACUGCGGCCCCAUGGACGCACCACACUCUGAGUACGCUGGGGACAAACGUCGUCUGAGCAAGACGAGCAGGAGCAGCGGGCGAGGGCGACAAGACGACCUUUCCAUUUAAACACGGGACCUUCAGGAACUAGUUUGAACUUUCGACAACAUGCAGGGUAGCAGAACGGACGCCUGAGAGUUGCACUUGACAUGUUUACGAAGUGGGCACCACCGUACACUAUUUGUUCGCACGUGCAGUAGGGCAGAAGUUCAGAAUGACUCACUCACAGACAUUUUCAAUCACAGAAAAUUGACUUGAUUGUUUAAUUUUGCACUUUAUAGUUGGGCAGGCACUCCAAGGACUCAACUGUUGUAUUUUUAUACUGUACAAGCAAUCAAAAAGUCAAUUUUAUAUAAUAUGUUCCCUUUAAAGACAAUGUAAAGUGAAUUCUGAGAUUUGCCUCUCCAUACAUUAUACCUGAAGUUUGAAGAUAAUUGCUGAAAAAGUGCAAAGAUUGAGAACAAUGUCGAAAUGAAUUGUGAAGCUAUAUUGUUCAAGUUUUUCGCCAUUUCAGUUUUCUAGAUUGUUCAGUGUGGCUAAAACGGUGCUUGAUGAUACACUUUGGCAUCCUGCACUCGUUGUCCCAGCCCCACUAUAUUAGAACUUGAGUGCGUCUGAUUGCAUCAGCGGUUUUCUGGUAAGAUUGUGAUAUGCAGUUACCCAACUAGCUGUGUCUACACCUCGAAAAUGUAUCUUCCCUGUCAUCCCACGUUAGUUUUAGAGCGCCUUGCUGGUGUGUUGUGGAAAAGGGGCUCAAUGACACAGGAUAUAGUACAGCCAGCGGAAGCUUUACACAGGUAUAGUUUCGUGACUCAAACAUGUACUUCUGCGUAGACAUAGAUAAAGUAGCAUCAAUUUUUCCAGGUGGUUGAAAUAGGGUUCGAUUGACAGUUGAGCGGGGUCAGAGUAACAGCACACAUUACACACACACACACACACACACACACACACAAACAGCAUUAAAGUCUUUAUUUUUUCAUGAUUUUGAAGCCUCAUUUUAUAUACACGACGAUUUAAAUUUUGGCAGGGUUUUUAACAAUACUCUUCGGUCGUGUGUCAAAUUUACAAUACAUUUUUAUUGACACUUUACAGGGACUGUCAGGUUAAUUAUAUUUUCGUGCUGUUCAAUAGCUGUGAAGUUACCAUAAAGGUAAUAUGCCUUGAUGAGGGUCGUGUAAUAUAUUAGUUUAUACAGUAUACCAAAAAAAUGUAUUACUGUACUGUAUAUGAAAAUGCUCUUGCGAACAGUCAUUUGACAGGACCCAUGUGGACGCCUGUCAUGAUUGAAAAUUAUGGCCACUAGGUGGCGACAUUGCACUUACGUUUCCCUCGUGUCUUUGGUGUUGACGAUGAUUCGUCAUUGUCAUCAUUUUCCUGCCCACAAAUGGACUUUUUUUAAUUCCCUCUUCUUUUUCUUUCCCAUAUUACGCAGCUUACUUGGACAAUUAUUCAUUCAUUCAUUUGCUUUUUCAAAGUAACGUUUCUAAGUAACUUUAGGUUUUAGUGUAUAACAGCAACAAUCCAUUCAACUAUCUGCAUAUACAUUCGUUUUAUGUACUUGUAGCUUUUCUCAAUAAAUGAUCACGUUUGUUUAA